ACUCGGACUCUUCCCGGUGCGAGCCACGAGACGGUCCAAAAAUCACGACCGUCCGAUGAACUAUACCUGAGAUACGUUCCCAAUCAUGAACUCGAGACUUUCGCUGGUACAUAGCUGUGUUUUUCAAGUCCAGAAGUGCUUCGGCCAGCGAGGAAGCUGCCAUCACAAUGAACUACCCGCUACUUUCCAAGAACUGUGGGAAGUAUGAUGAUACUUAUUUUUUGUGCCACGGUAGAUGCCACCCAAUGGGAUGUGUUAUUUAGCUUGUUUCCAUGUGCCACCGCCGCAUCCAUGGCACAACGUGGUCUUCCAGGAUGUGCAUUUUGGGGAGGACUGUUGCAGUGGGAAACUCCUCCCUGUACUGCUCCCAUGAAAGCUGCUGUGUCUCUCUCUAGAGUGUACUAUUCGAAUUUCUCUGUUACCAAGUCAAUCAAUGGCGAUGCUGUCCACUACCCCUCCAUUGAACACAUUGUGGCACUUGGCAUACUGGUUCAGGGCACUUCUCUUCAACUAUGGCCACAAUACCAGAGCACAACACAUCAGCAGAUUCUUCCUAAAUGUGAACGUAGUGUAUAUAUGUGUGUACCUUGAGCAGUUUAUGCACAUGAAUCCCGACGAAAGUGCCCCCAUGGUAAGCUUGGCGUUGCACAUGUAGCUUCGCUAAUGCAGUGUCUAUAGGGACUGUAAACAUGGACCGUCUUUGUGUUGAAAACGUUCGGCC